AUGACCCACUCCCUCGGUAGUACUGUCACCCUGCUCGUCCUCUUCGCGCUGGCUUGCGCGCUCGUGCCCCGAGCAGCCGCCACGAUCUACGUGGACGCUAACAGCACCUGCACCACCUCAUGCGGGUCGGCCGAGUCGCCCUACGCCACGAUCGGCGAGGCCCUGCGCGACACGAACAACAACAACGGCGAGAUUGUGGUGCGGAGCGGGACCUACACGGGCACCAACAACUACAACCUGACGGUGGGCUCGUCCAACGUAGUGCUGCGCUCGGAGAGCGGCGACCCGGCCACGACGGUGAUCAACUGCGCGCGCCAGGGUCCCGGCCUGAUCGUCUCGUCGAGCACCUUCACCAUGCAGGGUUUCACCAUCCGCAACUGCGAGGCCGAGAACGGCGGCGGCAUGCACAUCUCCUCCACCUACACCGUGCUGCGCAACAUCAAGUUCAUCGGCAACCACGCCACGAAGAACGGCGGGUCGCUGUGGAUCAAGAGCAACGCCGUCGAGGCCUACAACAGCACCAUCAGCGCCAGCACGAGCGACAACUACGGCGGUGGCGUCUACAUUGAGUCGGCCAACCUGAAGCUCUUCGGCUCGCACGUUGAUGGCCGGCAGCCCUGGAGUGUGCGAGGUUGGUGA